AUGAACCUUGCGUCAUUAGUAGUGUUGGUGACAGGAUCCAGUUCCGGUAUAGGGGAGGGUAUUGUCAAACUUUUCUCAAUAUUGGGCGCCAAAGUGGUGGUUACCGGACGGACACCGGAAAAGGUUAAGCGUGUGGCCAAAGUGUGUAAAAGAUUAUCGCCUUAUAAAUUAAAGCCCCUCGAAGUGGUCGCAGAUCUGACCAAAAGUGAUGACUUGAAUCGUGUGAUCGCAGAGACGGUGAAGACUUUCGGAAGACUCGAUGUUUUGGGAUUCGGUCACAACUGA